GAAGGAUUUUCAGGGAGAGGAUGCCAUGUGGUUGCAUCGCAAAGUAACAUAGAAGAAACAGUGUGCAGCUGCAAUCAUUUGACUCAUUUUGCUGUCUUACUUGACUACAACGGCAGCUCAGGGGUAAUGGACUAAUGUUUACCUUACCUUCACUGGUGGUAAUACAAUUCCAUUCAGGUGAUUGACACAUUUCUAAUUCUUUUCAUGCGAUUUAUGAAGCAGCUCACUGAGGAAGAAGAAACUGUUCUGGAGUUUAUCACCUACGUGGGAUUAAGCCUGUCAAUCAUUGGAAUAAUUUUGACAGUUAUUCUAUAUCCCUUCCUUACGUAAGUGCUACAGCCAGAAAUUUUGAAACUUUAUAUUAUUUUAAAGAUGUCAGACGUAAGUAAGACCUCUUCGCGAAAAGACCGACACUCAGUCAAUGCAUAUUGAAAUAACUACCUGUUGGAACAUAAAGUUACUUUCCUUUUUUUUGUUCGGUUUUGUUUUUGUUUUAGUCUGCUUGUUUUUAUUUGUUUGUUUCUCUAGAGAUGUUCACCAGCUUCUGUCACAAAUACGAUUGAGUCUUUCUGUUGCCCUCGGAGCUGGACAAUUUAUUUUUCUCGUCGGGAUAAACGCCACAAAAAACAAGGUAAGCGACUUCUUCAUCCAUUGAUGAAUAUUUUUUUAACGAGACUCAAGACGAGCAUUAAGAAGUACACCAGAUCUCUUUGAAAAGAUGCAUGAAAAGUAGUCAACUUUUUUCCCUCUCUCUCAGGCCUCUUGUAUUACAGCUGCAGCUUUCAUGCAAUAUUUCCUGAUGGCUUCGUUCUGUUGGAUGCUGGUGGAGGGAUUUUACCUCUACCUCUUUGUGGUGAAAGUUUACAACAUCACCGAAAAGAUGCACAUGUAUCACGUCAUGUCAUGGGGUAUUUUCAUUUUACUUGUUUUGAAUUGUUUGACUUCAUGAUCACCUGAAUCGACUUGCAUUGACAUCCUACUUAUGUUUAGGUUUACCCAUCGUCAUGGUCGGUAUUUCAUUGUGCAUCGCUGCUGGGAAAGAUGGAAUAGAAAGCUUCACUAGUGAUAAAUAGUAAGAGAAUCCUUCGAAAUUAGAUCUUUUUUCUCCUUCUCCACAUUUUUUGUCUCCCACAAAAAUGUAUUUUUUUUUUAAAGUACAACUCUUUUUGCACAAUCUUGUGUUUUUAGUUCGUUUUCAUUUCGUAGAUUUUUGUGUCCCUGCGUUUUUAUCCAGGUUUUGUGUCUCUGUCUCUGUCUCUGUCUCUCGUUCUGUCUCCCUCCCUCCCUCUCUUCUCUUUCUCUGGGUUACUGGGUUAGAGGAUUAUUUGCAGCAAAAAUAUGUUUAUCUUUUUCUCUCUCCGUUUCUCGUUUAAAGUUGCUGGCUAUCCUACACAAACAACCUCAUCUGGAUAUUCGCCGCAUUUAUGGCUUUUGUUGAAGUGGUGAGUCUACAAUUAGUCAAUCCCUCGCAUUUUACUUUUUCAUGCCAAGACUGACCACCGGUGGAGAUUGUCUUUCUCGUUCCCAUGCUCAUUACAAAACGAAAAGCAUAUUUCUGUUUUCGACUACCAGGCUCAAAGCUCACAACCUUUCCAACUCCGUUUACGCUCACUAUGUAUUCAGCAUUACUCGUCUUAGCAACAAGCACUCUGCCAACAUUUGACAUUCCUUGUUUGUUUCAGCUCAACAUUUUGAUACUCGUCCGAGUCAUAAAAGAGAUGACCACGCUAGUGCAACCUAUGGGGGAAGACAAUCAUAUUAAGCAGAUACGGUUAGAUUUAAAAUUUGCUGUUAGCGAAAUAUUUUAAUCAGUGGAGGGAAAAAAGUUGAAGAAAACGUGAACCAAUAGCUGAAGCAUUUAAUUGUGAGAUAUUUACCUUAGCUCCACACUAGUUAACAUUAAACACAGAGUCAUCAGUGUCUUAGGGUUAGGGCUACUGUUAAGUGUUUUUACCAUCUCUAAAUAAUGCCUAUUAAACAAUGAUAAAUUUGAGGAAACAAUCGUCAAAAUAAUUCAAACGUUUUUUUAAUGUUGUCGUUAUUCCGGCAGACUUGGCUUUAAAACAUGCGCGGUGAUGAUUCCACUGAUGGGUAUAACGUGGCUAUUCGGUCUUUUGUCGCCAUGGCACAAAGCUUUCGCCUACAUUUUCACCAUCUUUAACUCUACUCAGGUGAGUAUUCGGUCUUUAGUCGUCAUCACAAAAAGCUUUCGCCUACUUGUUCACCAUCGUCAAUUCAACUCAGGUGAGAUUUUAACGAAAAUGUCGGAAAUCGGAUCAUCUGUUUGGAAACUUGAAUGUCCAAACUACAUUCUUACAUUAGUCUGAUGAUAUUUCCCGUUCAAAGGGAACCUAGUCGACAAGAGAGGAUUUAUUUCUUGGUUUUUGAGAUCUGCAACUUUCCUUAAUUUACUGUUUUACCCAUUUUUUAAAGACGAUUUCAAGAUAGAGAUUACAAGAUGUUUGCACUACAUCAAACUUUUUAAACGACGCUCUGCCAUCUCUAAAAAAGGCUGAUCUUGAAAUAAUUUUCUGUCUUAGGGAUUCCUGAUUUUUUUCUUCCAUUGUGUGCGAAACAGCCAGGUAAGAAAGAUAUCAAACAGGGGAGGUAGAUCAAGUGAAUUGUGAAGACUUUAGAAUCACUGAGCUUUGGAUGGUUAAGAACUGAUAUUUGGCCAAUUGUUCAUCUACAGAUUAAAGAGCGAUUGAAAAGGAGGAUGAAGGCAAUUUUUCCAUCUUCCGAAGUUGGAAACUCUGCAAGGAAGAGCUCACGAGUUAACGCAAGUGAUGCCGGGAAAAUACGGGCAGUCGAAAUGCAGUCUUUCGAUACAUAA